CUAAUCGAUUCAGGCUUAAAAUCCGUUUUGAUCAAUUCAAGUUGGAUCAGUUCAAUUCUAAUUUCGAACCACACCAUCACCGAAUUUAGGUAUCUCAAACACUAAUAUGUAACUUGGGUCUGAGUUUUGUAUAAAUAGGACAUAAGCUCUUACCUUUCUUGCUCCAUAUAGUCUUUUCCUUUCCUCUUUUGCCUUUUUAACACUACAUUUAAAAUGUUUUUGAUAUAUUUUUUGAUGGGUUUAGUAACCCAUGCGUCAGCCCUUGAUUCUUGCCCUAAAUGUGGUAAUAUGGAAGUCCCAUACCCACUAAGUACAGGUGACAAUUGUGGAGAUCCUAGGUACGGAAUCUACUGCAAAGAUGGUGCAUUAGAAUUCUUGUCAGCUAAAGGUUUUUAUUAUAAGAUCCUCAGCAUUAACCCUAGUGCUUAUAAGCUUGUUAUAGAACCACCCAAGAUAGAGAAAAACACGUGUUACUCUUCUGAUCUUGGUUUUGAAGGGUUAAGGCUUGAUGAGAAUUUGCCUUUCAAUAUUUCUACCCAUAACACUGUUAUGUUAUUUAACUGCUCAGAUAACGUUCUCCAAUCACCAAUGAAUUGCUCAUCAACCAGCUUUUGUAGGCAGUUUGAAGAGGAAGAGCAAGAAGGAAGUGGAUGCAAAGGUACCCUCUGUUGCCAUUUCUUGAAAGAUGCAUCAAUAACCCAAUAUAUGAUUAGGGUUAGGGUUGGAGGGUGCACUGCCUAUACUUGUGUUCUGGAUAUGAAGCCUGGAGAUCCAAUUGAUGCAUGGAACUAUGGGAUUGAGCUUCAAUGGGUGCCUCCAAAUUGACCUUUUUUAAGGUCAUUAUGUUUGAUAAUGUGGCCUCAUCAUGGUACUUGUUAUGUGUGCUUUACCGUGUUCAUCUUAAUUUGCUUCCUUUUAGUUCCUUUCUUGGGUAUCUUUCUGUUUAAUAAGAGAACAAGCAUCUUGUUCCUUUCAUUUUCUUUCUUCUAUUCUAUAAUCUUGAUUGAUUCAA